GUCGUACGUUUUUAACCGCGUAUUUAACAGUAGUGCCAACAUACGAUGGAUUUCUAUGAUCAUGGAUACGAAGAGAACAAACUUGGGAUGACCGUUACGAGUGGUUGUGUGAAACUUAAAAAGGACCCACAGAAUCUAGUGGGUAUAAGUAUUGGAGGGGGAGCCCCAUACUGUCCGUGCCUUUACGUUGUUCAAAUAUUCGACUCCACGCCAGCUUCAGAAGAUGGUAGUCUUCAAGCUGGAGACGAAAUAACUGGUGUCAAUGGUAUAUCUGUAAAAGGCAAGACGAAAGUGGAAGCUGCACGACUCAUUCAAAGUUUCAAGGAUGAAGUAAGAAUUAACUAUAACAAACUUCAUGCAGACCCAAAACAAGGAAAAACGCUAGACUUAAUAUUAAAAAAGGUGAAACAUCGUAUUGUUGAAACGAUGGAAUCUAGUACAGCCGAUGCUUUAGGUCUAAGCCGAGCUAUUCUUGUAAAUGACGGUAUGGUUAAAAAGUUGGAAGAACUCAAUAAAACAUCAAAUGUGUUUUCGGGUAUGGUAAAUCAUGCAAAAAAGUUGUUACGUGCAAUCUAUGAACUUUCUCGUAUCUAUGCUGUAUUGGGAGACACAUUUUCAGAAAUCGGCGUUAAAGAGCCCAUGACAUGCACAAGCGAAGCAUUUACUCAAUUUGGUACGAUUCAUCGAAGUAUGGAGCGUUUUUCGAUUGAAAUGUUGAAAAAGAUUAAGCCAAUGAUCAUGGAUUUAAACACAUUUCUACAUAAAGCGGUUCCUGAUACAAAGUUAACAAUCAAAAAAUAUUUAGAUGUCAAAUUUGAAUAUUUGUCUUAUUGUCUUAAAGUAAAGGAAAUGGACGAUGAAGAGUAUGGUUUUGCUAUGGUUCAAGAACCACUAUAUCGUGUAGAAACUGGAAAUUAUGAAUAUAGACUUGUUUUAAGAUGUCGACAGGAUGCACGUACACGGUUUGCUAAGAUGCGCAAUGAUGUUUUAGUAAAACUAGAAUUAUUGGAUAAUAAACAUGUACAAGAUGUCGUGUUUGAGUUACAACGUUUCAUCGAUGCUAUGGCCACCUACCAUGAUCAAUGCUAUGGUGUCAUGAAGCAAAUAAAAAUUUUUCCACUUGAAGUGGAUCUGGCAAGAGAUGCAUUUGCGUACAACCUAGGGAUUUUUAAUACAGGCGAAGAUGAAGGCGGUGAAGAUAUUGAUGAGGAUGUAAUCAACACUGAGUCAGUUGGAGAAAAAUCUGUCAGUAGCAAGUAUAACCAGUUAACUGACGAUGUCAAAUUAAUAGACCUGGCAGGAAUAAAUUCCAAAAGCCUAUAUUCUGAAAAUGAGGGUGAUGAUGAGGUGUUAGAUAUGAACAACUGGAACUCUUUAUCUACUUGGGGUCCUCAUACAGGUGACAGUAAAUCGAAUAAACAGGAGGCUGUUACAGACUUGCUUUGUUUUGACUAGUUAUCGUUCUGCUUUACAUCAUUAGUGUACAUAUACUAUGAAUACCUUUUUUAAUAAGUAUCUUCUGUAGUGAUUGUACUGCAUUCACUAAAAAUGUGAUCUAAUAAUGUGAUAUUUCUGCUUUGCUAAAUUCCAUGACUUAAUUUCGUUUAUUAUUCGGUUUUGUGUUUUUGUUUACUCUUUGUGGAACAAUACAUAUUAAUAAUUAUCAUACACUUCUCUUGCUACAGUUUGUUUCAUGUCUGAGGGGAGUGGUUGUGAUCAUGCGAAUAUUUUUAAUCUAAUAUAUUGUUGAACAGUUUGUUCAUUCUAAUAAAAAGUUUCGCUACUUAUUGUCA